AUGAAGCAGGAUACGGCCCCCCAGUACGAGAGCUUCGUCAACCCGAGUGACUUGCUCAAAUGGGUUGAAGAACAGCCGGAGGAGUCAUGGACUUCUACAGCCCAGCAUGUGUUUGACCACCUCUUGUCCCUGGCCGCCCAGCCCAAGGGCGUCUCAGGCAAUUCCUGCGUGAAGCUCUGCGGAUUCGUCGAGCAGAGCUCCAAGUCAGACAAGCCGGCGCUGCGCCAAUGGGCCUUCUCCGACCAGCCCAGCCUGCGGCUGUUCAACUUCUUCAUCAAGUGGAACGAGACGGAGCAGCACCGCUCCAUGAAGCUGGUCCUCGACCUGCUGCCGUCUCUCAUUCGCCGCAACCCGGACCGGGCCGUCGCCGACGCCGUCAAGACCACCGUCCUUGACACCCUCAUCUCCAUCAUCGGCCCGCAGUCCACCAAGCCCCUGCUCAAGUCGUCGCUCAAGGCCAUGGACCACUUUGCGUCCAAGUCCGUCUUCACCGUCGAGGACAUCGCCGACAGCUAUAGGCGCACCCAGCCGUCGUGCAGCUGGGAGUCCGACAUCGCUCUGUGGCAGGAUUUCUUUGGGCAGAUGCUCGACUGGAUGACCAUGCACUACGUCUGCCCCACCGCAGGCAAGUUCAUCGUCACCAUCUUCAGGGCCCUGCGGCAGCGGUCGUUGAAGAACCCGCAAGCCGCUGGCACCGAGCAGUUCAGCGUCGAGACGUGGCUCCGCUGGGUGCAGGCCGCCAUCUCCAAGACGCCGUCCCUCCUGGAGGGUAUCAAGACGUAUGUCUUCCUCCCGCUGUUCAAGGACGAGCGCAAGGACUCGGUCCAGAUCCUCGAGCAGAUCAACAGCAUGUGGUCUGCGUCUGGUUCCGCCGUCGCGGAGCUGAACACGUUGGCCCAGUUGAACCUUGCUGUGCUUGAGGUGGGCAAGAAGGUCGGCAUGGUUGAGGAGCCUGGUGCCAUUUACAGGGAAGAGUCCUCCUCGGUAGUUUUGGAAGAGACCGUCCUCGAGAGAGUGCUCUCGCAUCCUUCCCACGAGCUGCGCUCGCUGGCGCUGUCUCUCAUCAUCGCCUCUCCCUCGACGACGAGGCCCUACUCUCCAGUUGCCCUCCGUCUCUUACAGAUCCACCUCCCCACGUACUUUUCAGAGUCGGACGCCAAGUUCCGCAUGGAGGUGCUGAGCAAGUUGAAAGAUAUGUUCAAGCGGAACAGAGGUGCUAUCUUCAUCCUCCACAAGAGCUUGGCUCGUCUCAAGGCGUUCGACGGGGCCGCCGCCGCGAACGGUGCACCAAAAGCCCCUCCCAAGCCGCCAAAACAGGCGAACCAUCGCACCAAUAUCCUGUUCUGGCCUGAAGACAAGCUGCGGGAAAGCUUGAAGCAGCACGAGGAGUUCCUCGCAUGGUACAUUGGCUUCCUGCGCUCAGAGUUGAUCCCUACGGCGUCCUUCCAGCGUCACUUCACUUCGUUGAGAGCGGUCGCAUUCAUCCUUAAGCUCGAGGCCGACCUCGCCAAGACCUGGGAGACGGAGGAGGAUGAGACUCUUUUCUUCAGCCUUUUCGACGAAAAGUGGACGCGCACGCUUCUCGACCUCAUCAUGGACCCCUUUGACGACGUGCGAGAAAAUGCCACUGGCGUCUUGAAGAGCCUGUUCGCCGACGAGCGCUUCAAGUGUCUCGUCGGCACUCGGGGUGUUUCGCCCACGCUCGAGGAGUUCUUGUUGAGGGCCGAGGAUAUCGCGCGGAAAACGGCCCGCGCCGACCACGCCGACGGUGUUGCCCGGACGAACGAGUUGCUCUUCAGGUUCUACGACGGUAGGGACGUGCAGGUUGCGCACAUCUCCAAGCUGGCGGAUCUGCUUGAGAACAAGCUCGCAUUUGCUGAGGCCGAUCUUGGCAACGCCGUCUUGGAGGCGCCUGUUCACGGCUAUUUCGCCUCUCUUCGCUACAUCUGGCAAGCCACUGCCGACAUGAGCUUCUCACCAUCCGACCUCGAAGCGAUGUCGGUCCUCCAAGACCGCAUCGUCAAGUGCUGCCAACGUAUCUGGGCCGCGGUCAGGGAUAUUCUCUGCGAUGACUCUCCGGAGGGCCAUCUGCCGCAGGAGCUGGAGGACCUCGAAGGCCUCGACACGAAGGACCUGCUGAGCUACAGCUUCCGUGCCAUCCAUGAGUCAAGCGCCCUGAUGCGUGUGAUGGUCCUGCCGCUCAAGACCAAGGCCAAGGAGGGAAUACUACGCCCCUCGACGGAGCUCUUCGCCACCGUCGGCUCCCUGACCUUCGACCAACUGUCCAGCCUACGACACCGCGGCGCCUUCAACACGGUCUCGCUAUCGUUCGCGACGUGUUGCCAGCUGGUCAAGCACCUAGACGACUCGAAGGCCAGUCACGAGGGAGGCGAAACACUCCUCGAUAUCUGGUACAAGGGAACCAAGGAGUGCAUCUUCGCUCAGGCCUCUACAACUCGACGCUCUGCCGGCAUCCCGGCCAUGGUUACGGGUAUAAUCUCCGCCAACGCCGCGCAGCCGUCCUUCGACAAGGUCAUCGAGGAACUCGUAACGAUUGCGCAGAAGCCCGCCUACAACUCCGAGUCGGACGGCUCCAAGCUGCCGCAGGUGCACGCCCUCAACUGCCUCAAGGACAUCUUCAAGAGCUCCUUCAUCACGCAGCUCGGCAAGUCCGCGCCUCACAUCCCGCAAUGCCUCGAGCUCGCGGCCAGCAGCCUCAAGUCGGAAGUCUGGGGUAUCCGCAACUGUGGCCUCCUCUUCCUCCGCUCCCUUCUCGACAACCUCUUCGGCACGAACGAGAGCAAGGCCACGCUCGAGGCCGGUUGGGACGGCAAGACCACCCGCCUGCAGUACCACAAAUACCCCAUCCUGCCCAGCGUGCUCCUGAACCUCCUCCGCUCCGGCCGCGAGGUCAUGAAGCCCACCACCCUAGGCAGCACCAUCGCAGCCGAGUCCGUCUUCCCGGCCCUCGACAUCGUCCGCCGCGCCGGUCCCCCCGACGCCUCGCGCGACGAGCUCUACGACCUCGUUGCUGGCUACCUUGCCAGUCCUGUCUGGCACGUCCGCGAGAUGGCCGCGCGAGCGCUGUGUUCGUUCCUGCUCAAGGACGACGACUGGGUCGCCGCCGCCGCCGCCAUCGUUGACGCCUCGCUGGCCGCUGUACCCGCAAGCAGGAACAAUCACAUCCACGGCGCGCUGCUGACCGUCAAGGCCGUCUUCGAGCGGCUAUCCGACGUCGCCCCGCAAAAGCUGGCGUCCGCCAUCCCGCGCCUGGCUGAGAUCCUCAGCAGGAUCGAGCCCAGCGACCCGGAAUCUUUCGGGAACUGCCCGGACAUCCGCGCCGCGUACCUCGAAGUCCAGAACCUCAUCUCUCUCUUCGCCCUCUCGCACCCGUCUUCCUCACCCACCACCACCUCUGAGUCCACCGCUCGGCCUCCGCAGAGCGCUCUCCUCCGCACCCAGCUCGCCGUCGCCGCGGUCCAUGCAACGCAAACUGCCACCACCUCCACCUCUGCCUCUGCCGCCGCGUCCCUCCGCGAGAUCCUUCUGUCGACAAGCACGACCAGCGUCGAGGCGACAAUCACAACGCUCGAGACCCUCGCCGCGAUCCACCACCCGCGCCUCACCCCGGAGGCGGCAGCAUCUUAUGCCACGCUGUACACCGACGUGGCCCUCUCCACGACGCACCCGGACUCCCGCGCGGCGGCCCUCGACAACCUCGCCGAGGUCCUCGACCUCGUUCUCUCAUCCUCGAACACCGAGCAAUCCCUCGCACAUCUCCUGCCGUCCCCGGAGAAGCUCACCGAGCUCUGGCAGGAUCUCACCUCAAAGACGAUGAACCCCAACCUCUCCAACGCCGUGGUCCGCGUCAGCGGCCCCAUCAUGGCGACCCUCGUCUCCUCCUCCUCCCCGUCGUCGUCGGCUCCUACGGAAUCCCUUGCAGGAUGGGGUCGGAUGAUGUCCUCGGCCCUCCUCGACUCCCGCCCCUUCGACACCCGCAUCGCCGCGACGGCCUCCCUCGCCUCCUUCUUCUCCUCGGCGUCCCCGCUCCCGACCGCCGACGGCGAAGCGGCCUACCUACCCGCCCUGGUCGCCCUCUACGACGCCCUCAACGAUGACGACGACGAGGUCCGCGACCUGGCCUCCGUCUCCGCGAAGCACAUCCUCACGCAGCCCCUCGCGCCCCUGGACGCCGCCUCGAGGCUGCUGACCCGCAUCGCCGCCACCUACCGCGAUGCCCCCGCGUUCCACAACCUGCUGGCCGCCCGCCUGACGGGCCAUGCGGCGCCGGACGGGGCAGACGCGUGGGAGCCCGCGGGGGCGCAGCUCGCAAAGGCCCUCCGCUUCGAUGACUCCCUCUUCGCCAUCGAGGAGCAGAACCUCUUCAUCGACGAGGUCCGCGAGUCGAACCGCUGGGCCGCCGUCCUCGAGGACGUCUUCUCCCCCUCGUCGCCCGCGGUUUCUUCUUCGUCCACCGCCCUGACGGAAUGGACGUCCGCCGGCCUCGACUCCCUCCUGGACAUCACCUCCCCCGCCGAUCGAGACAUCGCCGCCGACGACGGACCCCUAGGCUGGGCCUCGGACCCGGAGGUUUACGCCGUCUGCGCGCGCAUCCUACUCUGCGCGACGGCGCUGGCCAGGGCAGGCGCGGCCGGAUCGGAGCUGCUGAGGAGCAAGCUGGAGCGGUUCCGGAGCGCGGGCCAGCGCGCGAGGCUCCACGGGUUGCUGCUCGACGAGGCGGUCGUCUAG